CCCAUAUAUUUAUCUACACAUAUAAAUACAACCAAUAUCGGGGAGAUUCAAAAGGCAUACUACUCAAUAGAGCAAACCAAAAGAAAAAAUCUCAUAUAACGCCAAAAAUAUGUCUGCAGGAGUGAGAUCUGAACCGAUGAAGGUUGUCUUCAUUAACACACAGUACGUUCAGACAGAUGCUCGGAGCUUCAAGACAAUUGUUCAAGAACUCACAGGUAAAAACGCAGUCGUCGCCGACGGUCCUUAUGAAUUCUCCGGUCAAGGGUACGGUGGCAAAGAUUCAUCACAGCGGUUUUGUGGCGUAGGAAAAGAAGCAGAAAGAGGUGUAGAGACGACGGAGUUCGAUAGUUUUUUCAGAGAGAUGCCUCCGGUCGGCGAAUUGUAUAAUCUUUGGUCAGACCAUUGACUAGACUAAUAAUUCGUUCUUUUUUUUCCCACAAUAUUAAGGCCCAUUGGGUUUAAUAUUAUUAUCUCAAGCCUAUGUGAAACACGAAUGUUCCUUAGAAGGUGAACUUCUUUUUUUUUGCUUAAUGCAUUAAUGUAUUAUACUAGAUUUUAACCUGCGGUAUACCGCGGAGACAAUUUAUUUCCUUAAAGUUAGUAUAUAUAAAAGUUUACAAAUUUUAUCUAUCUAUAAAAUAUUUUUAUUUUAUAGUUUACAAUUGUUAUUAAGUAGCUUCCUGCCAAACCCGUCCCGCCAACCCGUCUCGUAAAAAAAACUAUUUAUUUUAUUAAUGUUGAUCUUAUUUAUGAUAUGUUUAUGAAUCAUUGUCUAAAUAUUUUGUAAUUUUGUAGUAAUUAAUUGCUAUCAAAUAUCUUUACGGUUUGCUGCUUAUAAUCGAAUUGUUAUAGUCAUAAAAAAAGCAAUAUCAAAAAUGAUAAUUUUGUAGUAUUUAAAUGAUAUUAAAUAUUUUGGAAAUUUUAUUUUAGUAAUUAAUGGUAUAGUUAAUG